UGUUUGUUUAUAUGUGAUAGUGUGUGAUUUCUCCAAACUAGGACCUGAAUGUGACGCGUUACCACAUUGUGCUGGGUGACACCCUGAGGCAGGCGGACCUGCAGGAUGGCCUGUACAAAGACACCAUGCUGGGUUUCUCCUAUCAGAUAGGCAUUUUCUGCAAAGACAGUAACUGGUGGGUGAAUAAGGCUCUGGUGACUGCUACGGACAUUUUGACUUCUAAGGGGGUCAUCCAUGAAGUGUCUGCUGUACUGAAGGUGCCCAGGAACCGCUGUGACACAGCGUCCACCAAGAUCGUCCAGGGGCAGUGCAUGGACUGCUUUCACCCAACCGAGAGCCGUUGUCCCCCUGGAACCCAGCAAGUAUUCACGUCCAUAAAAAGGACCAAAUGUGCAUAUAGCAGGAGGAAACACAGGAUGUUCAUUGGCUGUGAGGCUUCCUGUCAAAAACGGAGCAUCGUACGUAAGGAAGUGUUGCAAGGGCUUUUAUGGUGUUAA